AUGCUUAUUACUGAAAAUCUAUUUGCCUCAGUUAGCACCUGGCGGCGUAAUGUGUUGGCUCGGGCAUUCAUCGGUGGUGAUGAAGAGACAAUUUUUCUGCUCUCAGCCAUGAACAUCACUCCUUGUGGUGUCGAGCCUAUUACACUUGACAGAGGUGAAAACAACGAAGCAGCAGGUUGGGGGGAUGAAGAAGGCGAGGUGGCGCUUCAGAUUUGCACAUCCUGCUGUUCGAGGUCGCGGUUGAUGCUAACGAGCGACUGGGUUCGGCUUUUACAGUUCCUUCGCUCCCGGUCUUGUGCCUCAACUUCAGUAGCGAAAUGUAUGGAAGGCGAAACCGUCGGUGCGAACAUACAAAGCGUCGCUUCAGCCGGUGCAGCUACGUGUGAGGUGAGUGAGAAUAUUAUUGAAAAACUGAUGUCAGAGCUUCAUUCACCGUCUUGCUGGUGGCGACUUGGUGAGGUUGCCAGGCACGCAUUGUCAUCCCCAAGCCUCUCAUGGACAAACUCUUCUCUCAUUCGGCACCGCUGCAGCGCUGUCUCUCUAAAAACGCUGUCAACUGCUGCUAGCGGUAGUUGUGAUACCAGCAGUACUGCUCUCUCUAACAGCGCACUCGGCAACUUGGCCGGUUCGGACACAUCCCCCAAUAACCUCCCCCAGGGGAAUAAGCUACUACUUCCGAGAGGAACUCCCCCGUCCUUUAUUCGGGAAAAUAUGCUGCAGCGUGUGAUGAAGUGGUUGCGGUCGUUGAUAACAAAUCAGGCGAGUGCACUCAGCAGCACUACACCAGAGGGGCUGUUGUGCACGUUGUUCGGGAUAAAGAAGAAACGCAGUCUCGAGGCGGAUUCGAGUGGUAACAACAGGAGUGACGAGAACCCCGAAACGAGGAAUGGCAACAUCGAUCUUGUGCCCCAUGUCAGUUUACUCAUUACCUUGUUUGGCUACACUGUAACUGAGGUUCCCUCCUCUGAUGCUGCUAGCAGAUGUAGUGGUGGUAGUGAGGGUAAUGAGGCUAGCAAGGGUGUCGGAGAAGAUGUGGAAGAAUCCCUCUUAGCCGCACUUGGUGUCGAUAUCUUUUGUCGAUUUUGCGGUGGGAGACCACCAGUGGUGUACUCGACACUGAAUGGAAAUGAAAGCGGUAAGGGUGUGCAAAAUGUUGAUUCAAUGAGUUGUGAUAAUAAUGAAGGUGAAAGUGGUCGCGUGCGCACCCAAUGUACCAUCCGUUGGAGCGAACGGGCCGAACACAGCGGUCAUCACGAGUCAUGCCCGUGGAGGGAGCUUUUCCUCACCUCUGUACUGAAAGAUGAUGCUGCAAAGGCAUGUUCUACAGAUCUUAUAUUCACUGUGGGUGCCACGAAUUCGACGGUGGUGCUAUUAAUGUGUUUUAAGCUCCACGAAGUAGUUAACCUUAUGGAGUGCUGGCGUGUGAGUGUGUACACUGAGUUUAAACUGGGGGAGACAUAUGCGAAAAAUCCGUUCCCAGUUGCUCUGCGUUCCGCACUUCCACCUCCUGCGGAGCCAAUAGUCGAGGAUUUUUUGCAGAAGUUACAAUCAAGUCGCCGCUGCGGGGAAGGAACCCAUGGAAGCAGUGAGGAAGGUAGAACGGUUACUUCCAGCGGGUGCUCAGGUCAACACCAGGUUCCCCUUUUUGGUGGCAACUCUUUUUGGAACAGUUAUUUUCGAGUGUCUUCUUUUGUGAAUGCCGCAGCUUCGGGGGCCGGGUCUGAUCCCGCUGAACUACAGGCAACUGGUUCCACUGCGGCCCCUCGCACUUGCAGGGCGACAGUUGGACCCGCCUCAGCCGUUAAUGGGCAAAGGAAUAAAGAUUGGAAGGCUGCCUACGACGCCGGUCGACGUUAUAUACUAGCUUCUGCGGAAGCUGAAGCGGAUUCCCAGUCUGCCGUCGAGUGUACUUUGGAAGAACUGCAAAAGUUCACCGAUUUAUACCGGCAAAACUUUCAGCGAGAUGCGGAGGCAGCUCCCGAGUUGUUGUAUCCACCAGCAAUUGGCGCUGCAAUGGACCAACUGUGGCAACAAUUCAGUGCGGAAUGCUCGUCAAAUGCGUUGCUCCACAGAGAGAACGUAACGCCACCGCAGCGUGCAUCUCAACUUUCAGCCGAAGACCGGGCACGUGUUCAUUCCCUUCUUGACUCGCUGGAGAGGAGCACACAGAACGCUGCCCGGCAGCGGGCAGCUCAAGCGCCACAAUCGUUACAGAAGGUAAGUGCCAAGGAAAGUCCACAGGCGCCGGUGGCGGCGGUUAGUCAACAGCAGCCGCGGCAGACACAAGAAAUACAGCAGUCAACGCAAGGGGUAAGCGUCAUGCAAAACCAACCAAAGCAACCGUGGCAUCAGCCCUGGAAACAACGCCACACACAAAAGAAUGAAACAACUACCUCAAUGCCAACGCCUAGGAAACCGGCAGUGCCGAGUGAGGGGAUUCUUCCCAUUCCUGUUGGUGAGGGAGGGGGUGGCGCUGUUCUUUCUCACCCUGCACCUGCAGUUCUACAAUUACCGCAGCCGCAACCACCUUUUCCCAUAACCCAACAAGGAUUCCCACCCUUUGCCGCUCGCGGAAGGGAAUCAGUUCUUACAGGAGAUAGUGGUGGCGUGCUAGAUGACAACUACAGUCAGCGGACCCCCUUAAUGGGGCAGCGCCGCGGAGGAACCAGCCGAUACGGUAUCGAUAGGAUCGGUGGUGGACGGGGCAGCGAUAGUCGUCGGGGAAGAAGAGGCACCGGCAGGGGAGCGGGACGCGGUGGUAGUGGAGUGGUAUUUAAGUGA